CAGAGGCAGAUCCUUAGAGGAGGAAGCAGCCACCCCCCCCCCACCUGCCGCGGUAAUAACACUCACCUGUUCUCCAUUGGUGGCGCACCUGGGCAGGAGGGGCCUGUUUCGAGGCAGCGGUGAGCUGCACAACUGGGCAUUAAACGUUUAGAAGCCAGGGAGACAAGGCAGAAGCCUCCCCCACAGGGAGAAGAGACUCCAUCUACACACCCACUUCUCCAGUGCAGCUCAGUGAUAUUUCAAGGGGUUUUUCCUCCAGCCUGGGCUGAAAUAUUUAUUUUCUUCUGCUUUUUUUGGUUUGUAUGGGAGCUAUUUGGUGAGUCCUCCCCACCAGGAAUCCUUAGGAGAAAGCUUCUGGUUCUCCCUAUAGAGAACUUAAUUUUGAAAUCUGCUUUUCCUGCCUGUUCUGAAACCAUCUCCUCUUCUCCCCCCCCCCCUUUAAAAACAGCUAUUCUGGUUUCAGAAUCUCUUAAUUGGGGCAAAACCACUAUUUCCAUUUUUUUGGAGUGGGGGAGAGACAGACACCGUCAAAGGCCCACAGAGCCUAUUGUUGUUAAGGAAACUUAAAAUUCGAAUUUGUCAGUGUCCCUUCCAAGACUAUGUCCACCCGGGAAAGCGUACAGAUCCCAGACGAUCGGGAUUUUAAUAAUUUCCGGACAGAAUGCAACUCGGACGCAGGCUGGAGUCAAACUUAUAACAAAUCGGGAAUUGUUGUGUGGAUUCAGAUCUUGGAGGUGGAGAGAUCCCUGCAUAAAAUCAAGUGCAGGAUGGAGUGCAAGGACAUCGCCGCGGAGACGCUCUAUGACGUGCUGCACGACAUCGAGUACCGGAAAAAGUGGGACACGAACGUCAUCGAGACCUUCGACAUUGGGAAGCUGACGGUCAACUCGGACGUGGGCUACUACGCCUGGAAGUGCCCCAAGCCCCUGAAGAACAGAGACGUCAUCACCCUGCGCUCCUGGCUGCCCAUGGGGGCCGAUUACAUCAUCAUGAACUACUCGGUCAAACACCCCAAAUACCCUCCAAGGAAAGACCUGGUGAGAGCAGUGUCCAUCCAGACGGGCUACUUGAUCCAGGGGCGAGGAGUCAAGAGCUGCUCCAUCACCUACCUGGCCCAGGUUGACCCCAAAGGUUCUUUGCCCAAGUGGGUGGUGAACAAAUCAUCUCAAUUUCUGGCUCCAAAGGCCAUGAAGAAGAUGUACAAAGCCUGCCUGAAGUACCCUGACUGGAAGCAGAAGCACAACCCUCACUUCAAGCCCUGGCUGUUCCCCGAGCAGAGCACCCUCCCCACCGUGGCGCUCUCGGAGCUCUCCAUCCAGCACGCCGACUCGCUGGAGAACAUCGACGAGAGCAGCCUGUCCGAGACCAAAGACGACAGGGGCGAGGGCAGCGACGAGGACAGCGUCAACUGAGCCGCCCUCGCUCCCCCCUCCUCCCCCCAGCCCCUCACCCCUCUGCACCCGCCCAACCGGGUUUAUUUUGUCUGUGUAUCCAGUGCAGGUCGUGUAACACACUCCCCCACCCCAUCACUCCCCACCCUGGCUAACAGGGCUGCUGUUAGGGCAUUUCUCAAGCAGGCCAGGGGUGGGAGAGGGACUGUCCCGCCCUUGAUGCCAGAAAUCUGGAUUUCCCCAAGGCUGAGCCCUGCUAGUACUUUAGGCCUGGACCCUGAAAGGUAUAACUCCCACUGGGACUUAAGUGUCGAAUACCUUUCAGGGUCAGGGUUCAGUGGGAACACCAGCGCUCUAGCACCGAGCAGGAUGGCUGCCCCGUAGCUUGAGGGGAAGCUUGUCUCUGUCCUGGCUGAGGAGAGCAGGGUGUGGGGGGAAUCCGCGGCACUGCAGAAGUCACCAUGGGCCGAGCGAUGUUCAAAAUCAAUCUCACGGGGGCCUUUGGGAGCGUGAGCCACCUUCCCUGGUCUGCCCGGCACUGUAGGCUGGGCGCUGCCUUCUCAGAGGGCAGGGGCCCUUCAACGGGUGCCAGUGCCGUCAGCGUUCAGGGAGAGUCACUCCCUGCAGGGAGCGGGGAAUGGAGCCUGUGGCGGGAGAGGGUGUCAGGCAUGGUUCCCCCAAGGGAGGAGGGCUUGGGAAACACCUACCCUUUGGUGAACGAAAUGACUGAAGCGGGACUGGCUCUCCUGGAAAGCCGCAUGCUCCCCAUGUCGUUAAAUGGCUGUCGUCUCUGUUUUCUUUGUUCUCCUGUAACGGUUAGAACUGCCUUUUUCUGAUGGGGACCAGUUUACGGACCCAUCUCCCUAGGGGUGUGCCCAGCUACUUUGGGACUCUCCGGAGAGGGUGGGACCCCCUAGGGGCCCUGGGCUCUCCUGUGAGAGGGGACCCAGAGGUCUUGACGUCUGAAUAUUUUCUCUGCGCUAGAAUUAGAGGCCUUGGAUCUGGAUUUUGAAGCCGGUUCCUUGAAAGCACUCCCUGAAAACCCCAUGUUCUGUUUCAUGGGGGGAAAAGGAGAUUUUGUACCUUGUACUGGAGCAGUUUAUUUAGGAAUAAAAUGAAUAAAUCAGGCAAGCAGGA